CGCGCCCUGAAGUCGGCGACAGCCAAAGAGGGGAGGGAGGUGAGCGGCUGCGGCAGACAUGAGUGGACUGGGUCUUAUCCUACGAGCGGCUCGUGUCGCUUUCCCUGCUGGAGUCCGCCAGUUCCGCACCGCCUGCCCUCGGCCUGCCUUCGCCAAGGAGCUUUUCCGGGGUACCUUUCGGAAGGAGGAGGUUUUUCCUUAUCCUGAGAUUAGCAAUGAAGAAUUGGAAGAAAUUAACCAGUUUGUAGGGCCAGUCGAAAAAUUCUUCAAUGAAGAAGUGGAUUCUAAGAAAAUUGACCAGGAUGCUAAAAUUCCUCAGGAGACCCUUAACGGACUAAAGAAUCUGGGACUCUUUGGUAUUCAGAUUCCAGAGGAACAUGGGGGCCUUGGCCUUUCAAAUACGAUGUAUGCACGUUUGGGAGAAAUCACUUCUCAAGAUGGAGCUAUUGCAGUAACUUUAGCAGCUCACCAAGCUAUAGGGCUGAAGGGCAUCCUUAUGGCAGGCACUGAAGAACAAAAGAAAAAGUAUCUACCUAAACUGGCAUCUGGGGAACACAUUGCAGCAUUUUGUCUCACAGAGCCAGGAAGUGGAAGUGAUGCUGCAUCUAUUCAAACUAGAGCAACUUUGAGUGAAGAUGGCAAAAGUUUUCUAUUAAAUGGUUCAAAGAUAUGGAUAUCAAAUGGUGGUAUUGCAAAUAUCUUUACUGUUUUUGCAAGAACAGAGGUGGUCGAUAAAGAUGGUGUAACCAAAGACAAAAUUACUGCCUUCAUCGUAGAAAGAGAUUUUGGUGGGAUCUCUAAUGGAAAACCAGAGGAUAAACUGGGCAUUCGAGGAUCUAACACUUGUGAAGUGCAUUUUGAAAAUACAAAAGUUCCUAUAGAGAACGUUGUUGGAGAAAUAGGAGGAGGAUUUAAGGUUGCUAUGAAUAUCCUAAACAGUGGAAGAUUUAGCAUGGGAAGUGCAUCUGCUGGAAUGCUUAAGAAAUUGAUAGAAAUGACUGCUGAAUAUGCUUGUACUAGAAAACAGUUUAAUAAGAAACUGAGUGAAUUUGGACUAAUUCAGGAAAAAUUUGCCCUUAUGGCUCAGAAAGCAUAUGUAAUGGAGAGCAUGGCGUACCUGACUGCAGGGAUGAUGGACAAACCGGGGAUUCCAGAUUGCUCAGUUGAAGCAGCCAUGGUUAAGGUGUUUAGUUCUGAAAGUGCAUGGGUUUGUGUCAGUGAAGCGUUACAAAUCCUUGGUGGCCUUGGCUACAUGAAAGACUAUCCAUAUGAGCGCUAUCUCCGGGAUUGCAGGAUACUUCUAAUUUUUGAGGGAACAAAUGAAGUUCUACGAAUGUACAUUGCUUUGACAGGAAUACAGCAUGCAGGCAAAAUCUUAACCGGAAAAAUCAAGGAAAUGAAGAAGGGAAAUGUGGGCUUGGCAUUGGGAACGUUGGUGGACAGGCUCCACGACAGCAUUGGCCGGAAGGUAAAUCUAGGACUUGUUGGUAAAGAUGGAGUAGCACAUCCCAGUCUAGAAGAAAGUGCCACAAUACUUGAAAAAAAUGUGUAUUACUUUGGAGUUACAGUAGAAGGCUUGCUGAGAAGAUUUGGCAAGACUAUUGUGGAUGAGCAGCUGAUUCUAAAAAGAGUGGCAGAUAUUGUCAUUAAUUUGUAUGCAAUGACAGCUGUUAUUUCCAGAGCUAGCCGAUCCAUCAGUAUUGGUUUGCGGAAUCAUGAUCAUGAGGUGCUACUUGCAAAUAUUUUCUGUACUGAAGCUGGUUUCCAGAACAAUUAUGCAAUAGCACAGUUAGGAAAAUAUGCACCUGAAAACUUGGAUGAAAGCAUUAAAAAAGUGGCUAAGCAGGUGCUGGAGAAGAGAUCUUAUAUAUGUUCCCAUCCACUUGACAGAACCUUCUGAAGACUGGAAACGGUGACAGGAUUGCAGUCGGAAGUACUGCUACUUUACCUACCUAAGAGGCCCAAAUACAGUACCAGAUCCUUGUUUUGCUCUUGGUCCCAUGAGGCAGAAUGAACGGCCGACAAUUGUUUUUCAAGAAUGGUUUCAAAAGCUGUACAGCUAUUUUUAUAAAAUAAUGUUCAGUUUGUUUCUUUGAACCCACUUGAGAAUCCCAAGAUAAGAAGCCAGGGUUAAUUUCAUUUCAGAAACUUCAGCAUCAUCAGCUGAAUUAUAACAUUUUGAAUGUCACUUAUGUAGUCAUCUUUAUUCUGAUUUAUCUAAAAGCUUGAAACUUGAAUUUCAAAGCAGCCUUUCCAGUCCUACCAGAGGCCUCGUGCAUCUCCCAUGGAGAUGUGACUUCAUCAUAAUAAAUAUGGUUUAACUCAGUGCAGCCGUGCACUAACCCUCUUGGAAGUUUGUGAUUUCUCUAAUGGUGGAAUGUUCAAGAUUACAACUUUAAUAACCCCUACUACACUGUAAAGUUCUUUGUGAUAGGCUGUGAUAGGCUGCUCAGCUAAGUAUAGAAAUAAUUCUUGAGGAAUAAAACACAGAAUGAGUGCUAAUAAAGAAACACUCAAAUUGUCUCUUCCCAAUCUAGUUACCUAUGAAUAGUUCCUAGUAAAUAUUGUUUGUGUAAAGUUUUACCAAAUUAGGGAUCCCUAUCUGGAUGGAAAGGUGGUAUAUAAAUGUUUUAAAUAAAACUACUCAUUGAACGUAA